AUGACCGAGCGAAGGCAGGAACACUCGCCGCCGUCCAAGCUCCCCCGCCUCUCCGGCCCCGACGCCGACGACAACGACGGCGCAGGGACGGUGACCAUGGCGGCGCCGUUGCCGCUGGUUCUUGGGCUGGGUCUCGGCGUAGGCGGCAGCAGCAGUGACAGUGGACGAGGCGACGCGGAGGCAUCUGCGGCGACGCGGCCAUCGGCGCUGACGUUCAUGCAGCGGCAGGAGCUGGAGCACCAGGUGCUCAUCUACCGCUACUUCGCCGCCAACGCUCCCGUGCCCGUGCACCUCGUCCUCCCCAUCUGGAAGAGCGUCGCCGCCUCCUCCUCCGCCCCGCAGAGGUUCCCAUCCCUGGCGGGACUGGGGAGCAUGUGCUACGACCACAGGAGCAGCAUGGAGCCGGAGCCGGACCGGUGCCGGCGCACGGACGGCAAAAAGUGGCGGUGCUCGCGCGGCGUGAUGCCGGGGCACAAGUACUGCGAGCGCCACGUCCACCGCGGCCGCGGCCGUGCAAGAAAGCCUGUGGAAGCCGCGCCGGCCACAUCAGCCAUCCCGAUCCGCGCAAUGCACGCCGCCGACGCGCAGGGCGCCACAAGCGCGCACGCGGCGCCACCGCAGCGCCUCGGCUUCUCCUCCCCCGCCGGCGUCUACCUGGCCCACGGCACCGCCCGUGCCACCUGA